GCGGAGGUUAUUUAGUGGUAGUUGUGUUGCCUGGCGUUAUCCUGGGGAUGUUUGCAAACUGGAGCGAAACGAAGGGUUUUAAAGAGCAAAUCUGUUCUUCAGCUUCCGCGGUUCUGGAAAUGUGAGGGGCCGUUUCAAGCUGUGCUGCAGUCUGGCUCCAUCUCGGGAAGCUGUUUGCAGAAUCCCGUGGAGAAGCAUUCAGACAGAGUCAGGCGGGCGCAGCUGCGCGGCAGAGCUGUGGGGGUGCAGCAGCAGCGAGGUGGGCCAGGCACUCUCUGGAACUUACAGCAUCCCCUGGUGCACUCAGGGCCCCUCGGGUGAUGCCUGUCCCUGCUGCCCACCUUAAAGCGAAGGGAAGAGCUGCUUCCUGAGCUGGCAAGCUGGCUGCUGUGAGUUGAACAUCGGCAUCAAGAUUGAGCCUUUUUGAGUAAAGAACAUCCAAAAUGGCGGCAAUGCUGCUCAGUCGACAGCUGAGCUGUUGUCUGCAACAGAACUCCAGGCUGCUCGUGUUUGGGCACAGAUAUAUCAGUCAAGCUGCAGCUAAAAUUGAUGUGGAUUUUGAUUAUGAUGGACCUCUAAUGAAGACAGAAGUUCCCGGACCACGAUCUCGGGAAUUAAUGAAGCAGCUGAAUGGAAUUCAGAAUGCCGAAGCUGUGCACUUCUUCUGCAAUUACGAAGAGAGCCGAGGGAACUACCUCGUGGAUGUGGAUGGCAAUCGCAUGCUGGAUCUCUACUCUCAGAUUUCAUCCAUCCCAAUAGGUUACAGCCAUCCAUCUCUGAUAAAGCUUCUCCAGCAGCCACAGAACCUGAGCACUUUUAUCAACAGACCUGCCCUUGGGAUUUUACCUCCAGAGAACUUUUCAGAAAGGCUGAAGGAAUCUUUGUUAUCAGUGGCUCCCAAGGGUCUGUCACAGGUGAUGACCAUGGCUUGUGGAUCCUGCUCGAAUGAGAAUGCAUUUAAGUUAAUAUUUAUGUGGUACAGAAACAAGGAGAGGGGCCGUAAUAAUGUCACGAAAGAGGAACUGGAAUCAUGCAUGAUUAACCAGCCCCCCGGCUGUCCUGACUACGCCAUGCUCUCUUUCAUGGGUGGCUUCCACGGAAGGACCUUUGGUUGCUUAGCUACAACUCACACUAAAGCAAUUCACAAACUGGACAUCCCCUCACUGGACUGGCCUAUUGCUCCAUUUCCAAGACUAAAGUAUCCUCUGGAAGACUUUGUGAAAGAGAAUCAACAGGAAGAAGCCCGUUGUUUAGAAGAGGUGGAAGAUCUGAUUGUCAAGUACAGGAAAAAGAAGAAGAUUGUGGCUGGAAUCAUUAUAGAACCAAUACAGUCGGAAGGUGGGGACAACCACGCCUCAGAUGACUUCUUUAGAAAGCUACGAGAUAUUGCCAGAAAGCACGGCUGUGCCUUCCUGGUGGAUGAGGUGCAGACGGGAGGUGGCUGCACAGGAAAAUUCUGGGCACACGAGCACUGGGGCCUGGAUGAUCCAGCUGAUGUGGUGACAUUCAGUAAGAAGAUGAUGACAGGAGGAUUUUUCCACAAAGAGGAGUUCAGGCCAAAUGCUCCCUAUCGGAUUUUUAACACCUGGCUUGGAGAUCCAUCCAAGAACCUUCUGCUUGCUGAAGUCAUUAGGGUUAUUAAAAGAGAAGAUCUUCUCAACAACGCAGCCCAUGCAGGAAAAACACUAUUGACUGGGCUACUGGAUUUACAGGCUCGCUACCCCCAUCUUAUCAGCAGAGUGAGAGGAAGAGGAACGUUCUGUUCGUUUGACACUCCAAAUGAUGCAACCAGGAACAAGUUAAUCACAAUAGCGAGAAACAAAGGUGUUGUGCUGGGAGGCUGUGGUGACAGAUCGAUCCGUUUCCGUCCAACGCUGAUCUUCAAGGACCACCACGCACACCUCUUUCUGAACAUUUUCAGUGAUAUCUUGGCAAACUUCAAGUAAAAAGCAGUUCUCUCACAUGGAACAACUAACUGAUUAUGAAAGUAGUUUGCAUUAAUUCAUGUCUUCUCCACUUACAAGAUAAGUGUAAAGUUAUAAACUGAGGUUUGUGUUCUGUCUGUAAUCCUGCCCAUGGCAAGCAGCUCCAUGCAAAAUGGCACAGGCAGAGCACUGGUACUGCUCACCAGCAGGUACACGCAGCGCUCCUACGCUGCGCCUGUAGAGGCUGUGGCCCUCCAUCUUUGGGCCAUGUGAACUGCAGAGCCCUCCCUAUACCUAUGGCCCUGACUGCCUGACUUGUCUAAAUAGGCCCUGGUACAUCUUCACUGGUAAUCCCAGCAGUUUUACUUGUGUCCAGAAGCAGCAACAAGUAUGGCCUAACACUUCAAUGCACAAACAAAUGCCUGACAUGCAGAAAGAGCCAUUCUCUGAUGGCAGACAGAAUAAAAGGCAUUUCAAGGAAAGUUUUGCUUUCCACCACUGCCAAAUCGAGUAUUUUACAGAAUAAUUGCCAGCUUUAUUCCCCUAAGCACUGGUCUGCCACAGCACGUGGCUCACAGCACUGCUCUGCUCAGCCAUUAGCCUGUAUGUCCUGCUGCAGAGGCACAAUGCACAGCUGAGCAGAACUGAAAAACUUCUGUCCUUGCCCUGGAGGUUUAAACUUUCACCUUCUCUUACAAUCAGAUCUGCACAGAGAAAGCCAUACUGAAAUGGUUCAGAAUUGACAAAGCUUAGAGAAUCGUGCAAAGCACAUUAUUUCCACCUCCGUCAGUGACCUUGUAUUUAGGAUUAUUUUGCCCCAAACUCACUGCAACAGCCAUUAGUUUCAGCUAUUACAAGUUCUACAUUACAGCUUGACUGUUUAGUGAAACUACAGCAGAAUUGCUUGAUCUCAGCCACUGUGUGACAUGAGAGACGCUGCUGUGUGCACUCACAGUAGCAGUGCAUAGUCCCAAUUGCACACUGCAUAGUCCCAGCUGCACACUGCAAUGCAACGUAUUUCUGUUGUAAGAGUUUACAGAGGUCUUCUGGAAAGCCACAGAAUCAAAACAAAUGUCCACACUCGGCUGUGUUGUAGUUGUUCUGGACAUCUCUUUACUGUGAACUCUUUGCUAUUUGCUUCAGGCUGACUUGAAUUCAUUCUGGUGCCUCUUUCCAUUUGUUUUCAUGGCCAGCAGGCACCUGGUUUUUCCUUAUUGAGUUGAAGUUGUUUAUGUUAAGCACCAAAAAGGAGGGACCACAUCUGACACUACAGUCGCCCUAUUAGCAAGUUUUUAAUUAUACAGUACAGACAGAGCAGUUUAAGGACUUAUACAUGCUUAAAAGAGCUACCAAACUGUGAAAGGUUUCUUACCUUCUUGGUAAGUUUUAAUCACGGUUUUCCCAUUUUAUUUAUUGAGUUUAUUGGACGACUCAAGAAAACUCACUUCUAUUAGCUUAAAAAUAACGGGAUUUCUAUAAACCUCUCUGCAGAACCCAGAAUUCAGGUACCAGCUGGUCAGAACCUGAGCAGGUUUUUGAACGGAGGUUGUUGGUGUUCAACAAAGCCUCGUUGUCAUCACUGUCCUAUUAUCACCAAGAGGAAAGUCAAACUGAGAACUGCAUUUGACUGCAUUCUGGGAAGUAGGUAGUUCAACAUAUCAGUGCAGUAGUUUUAGUGUCCUAGCAAGUCAAGUCUUGUACUUUUCCAGAGGCAAAGGUCCAGUACUUUGAAGUCUUACCACACCUUCACUUUUAUGAUGAAUACUCUAGAUGUUUUUAUAAUUUUUACUGACACUCAGUAACUGUAUAAUUGUGUACAACAUGCUGAUGAGAUCAUGUUAGAGAAUACAUAGGAAGCACUGCAGCUGAAGCGUAUGAAGUUAAUAUUGUUUACAACAUACUGUGGACAGUGCCAAAUAAAUGUUUAAGCCAAUACUUAACUACACUUCAUGGUGUAACCAGUAACUGUACACAGAUUCAUAAAACAAACAAUGACAUCUCGUGUAAUCAGUAUUCUUAAAUAAAAUAUUUAUAAUUCAA